AUGGCGCCGCUCUCACGAGCCACCAGCAGUGGCGAGUCGUCCGAUGAGAAAGGAGGAGCAGACAUCGAACGAGCCGACGCUUCCACCUCCAAGAAGCUGCCACUCUCGCUCAGCUUUGGCGCCAACCUCCCAGCGGUGCGCUCUCGCACCACGCGCUUCGACGAGUCGACCAGACUCGAACGCACCCACUCGAUCGCCGCCUCGCUCCGGGCACCAUCGCGCAUUGACCCGUCCGCCAAAGUCCCCGUCGAGUACCGCACGCUCUCGAUCCAGCUCUCCCAGGGUGGACUCGCCGAUGGCGAUGCGAAACACAAGAGCGACAAACGCACGAUCAAGGAGCUGAAUGAUCUCGACUGGCACAAAAUUUCGGUCGACGAGGUGCUGGCGCGUACGGCUACGUCGGCGCAUGCUGGUCUUGAUACCGCGCAGAUCGAGCGCAGGCUCAAGCAGCAUGGUAAGAACGUCAUGUCCAAGCCGAACAAACGGCUCGUUCGCAAAAUCAUUGGAUACAUCUUUGGUGGCUUCGGAACGCUGCUCAUUGGCUGUUCCAUCCUGGCAUUCAUUGCAUGGAAGCCGUUGGGCAAUCCGAACCCCCAAACGUCCAAUUUGGCUUUAGCAGUGGUGCUGCUCGUCGUCGUCGUCAUCCAAGCCGUCUUCAACGCCUGGCAAGACUUUUCCACAUCCCGAAUCAUGGACUCGAUCGCCGGCAUGCUCCCCGAUACCGUCACUGUCAUCCGCAACGGCUCACACAACAACAUCGAGGCUGCCGAGCUCGUGCAGGGCGACAUUGUCGUUGUUUCGCUCGGCAACAAGAUCGCGGCAGACCUGCGACUCAUCUCGUGCUCCGAAGUCAAGUUUGAUCGCAGCGUCACCACGGGAGAAUCGGAACCACUGGCGGGAAGCGUCGAUGCAACCGACGACAACUACUUGGAGACGCGCAACAUCGCGCUUGCCGGCACGAGCUGUGUUUCGGGCUCGGCGAUCGGUGUCGUCGUCUCCACGGGCGACAACACCGUGUUUGGUCGUAUUGCUGCCAUGACGAACCGGCCCAAGGCGGGGCUGACGACGCUCGAGAGGGAGGUGCGCUACUUUGUGCUGACCAUCGCCGCGAUUGCGGUUGCGCUUGCCGUCAUCUGCGUCAUCAUCUGGGGCGCGUACUUGCGGCCAAAGCACCCGGAAUUCAUGUCCGUCUCGCAACUCCUCGUCAAUAUCGUCAGCAUCCUCGUCGCUUUCCUGCCGGAAGGCAUGCCCGUCGCCGUCACGCUCUCGCUCACCGUCAUCGCAGCCAAGCUGUCCAAGGCCAAGAUCCUGUGCAAACAGCUAUCGACGUGCGAGACGCUUGGUGCGGUCUCGGUGCUCUGCUCGGACAAAACGGGCACGCUGACCUCGAACAACAUGACGGCCACCAGCGUCGGCGUGCUUGGAUUCGAAAGUACGCCGCCUGACGCAAGCAACCACGUCAACACGGGUGCUCCCGUGGGGCACGCUUUCCAGCAGCUCCAGUUUGUCAGUGCGGUCUGCAAUGCUGCAGUGUUCGACGCUGCCACCGCGUCGCUGCCCGCAGGCGACCGGAAGAUCUUCGGUGACGCCACGGACUCUGCCGUCCUGCGCAUGGCUGAAGAGAUCUGCUCGGUGCAAGAAACCAACAAGCCGUGGGACCAGGAGUACAGGCUCAACUUUAACAGCAAGAACAAGUUUAUGCUCCAGCUCGUUAGCCUGCGGUCGGAGGUGGAAGCGGUGCAGGCACAGAAGUGCGUUGCUAGUGCAGUGUCGACGAAAGAAGCAACCGAAUUCAGGCCGAGCGUGGAUAAGAUCUUGCUCGUCAAAGGUGGGCCGGAUGUGCUGCUGAAGCGCGCGGCGUCGGCGUUGGAUGCGUCGGGCGAGGUGGUGGCGCUGACGGACAAGGUGAGGGAGUCGAUCGUGGCGAUGCAGUCGCUGUGGAGUUCGCGUGGGCAGCGUGUCAUCUUGCUAGCUCGCAGGAUCGUCCGGGGCGGCCAGUUGGACGCCAGUAUUGCCAUCGAGGACGCCGUUCUCGCGCUCAACAGCGAUCUCACCGUCGUGGGGUUGGUGGGCAUCGUCGACCCUCCUCGGCCCGAAAUACCCUCCGUGGUCGCCACAUGCCGCGGAGCAGGCAUCCGCUUCUUCAUGGUCACAGGCGAUUACUCGAAGACCGCCGAGGCCAUCGCCCGCCAGUGUGGGAUCAUCACGAGCGAAAAAGUCUACACGGCCGAAACGCUGCAUUCGCUCACCCUGCCCGUCUACGACACGCAAGCCGACAACCACGACCGGGCACAUCACGCCCUCUCGCUCACGGGCGCCGACAUCAUGAAACUCUCCCCCGACGACUGGGAGCAGAUCUGCCGCUUCGACGAGAUUGUCUUCUCGCGCACCACGCCCGAAAACAAAUUGCGCAUCGUCAAAGAGUUCCAACAGCGCGGAGAAUGUGUCGGCAUGACCGGCGACGGUGUCAACGACGCCCCGAGCUUGAAGCAGGCCGAUAUUGGCAUCGCCAUGGGUGGCGGCUCGGCCGUAGCCAUGGAAGCGGCCGACAUGGUGCUCCUGGAAAGCUUCUCGGCUAUCGUCGAAGCGCUGCUCUACGGCCGUCUCGUCUUUGUCAACCUCAAGAAGACCAUCGGCUACCUGUUACCUGCCGGUUCGUUCGCCGAGCUCUGGGCGGUGCUGCUGUCGUUCUUCUUCGGACUGCCUCAGAUUCUGAGCAACCUGCAGAUGAUCUUUGUGUGUAUCGGUACGGAUGGCGUUUCGUCACUGUGCCUGGUGCACGAGCAGCCGGAACUGGACCUGCUCAAGCGCAAGCCGCGCUCGACCAAAAAGGACCGACUGGCCGACUGGAGGCUGCUGCUUCAUGCGUAUGUGUUUGUGGGCAUUCCGUUGACGCUGACCAGCUCGGCCAUGGCGUUCUGGUACAUGCAGCGUAACGGCGUUCCCUUCAGCGACAUGUGGCUCAAGUACGGCGGCGGUACAGUGCAGAGCCUGCAGCCAGAUCGGUUCAACGAGGUGCUGUACCGUGCCAAUGCGGUGUACUUCUUCAACUUGGUCAUUCAGCAGUGGUUCAACCUGCUCGGGUGGAGGACGCAGACUCGGUCGUUGUUCCAGCAGCUGCCGUUGGGGAGGAAGACGACGCAGAAUCUCUACCUCUUCCCCGCCAUGGCCGUAUCGUUGCUGAUCGCCGUCUUCUUCAGCUACGUACCGGCGUUCCAACACGUGUUCCUUACCAGGGGUGUUUCGGUCGAGCACUAUUUCCUGCCAGUGGCGUUCGGCGUGGCGAUGCUGCUGCUGGAAGAGGCGAGGAAGUUUGUCGUUCAGAAGUGGCCCCAUUCGAUUGUUGCCAAGGUUGCUUGGUAG